UUUGCAGCCAACCAGAGCGGAAGCUGUUUUUUCUCUCUCUCUCCCUCUCUCUCUGUUGCUUUAAGGACAGUUUCAGUCGGCCUUGGAGGAUGGGGGAAUAAAAGGAUGGCUCCUGCUUGCUAAUGCUGUACAAAGAUAAUCGCUCAGGAAGUGUUUCAGCCAAUGGCCUGAAGCAUUACACUGGGAUUCCUGAAAGCAUCCAAUCCUGCCUCGGCUUGUAUCAGGGGGAGUCUGUUCAUCAGGCUGGAGUGCCAAGCCCUUUCUGUCUGAGAACUGAGAGUCUGUCCUCCAUGUUUUAUGUAUUGACAUAACACUGUAACAAUGCAUCCACAGAGCAAAAUAGUAUGGAUAUCAAACAUUUGGCAGACGAGGAAGUGAAGACUGAGCAGGAGGUGGUAGAGGGUAUGGAUGUCACAACUCGAUCUAAAGGUCCAGCGGUCGCUUAUCCAGAAGGAUUAUCACAAGAACAUGGGGACAGUCAGCAAUCCAAUGCUAGCUCUGCGGAGCGAGCAGGACAGAAGAGGAAGUUUCCCAGUCCUCAGCAUUCGUCCAAUGGGCACUCACCUCAAGAUUCAUCUACCAGUCCAAGUAAAAAGAAAAAGAAACCCGGGAUGUUAAACAGUCACAAUAAAGACCAGUCAGAGCUAAGGCAUGGUCCGUUUUACUAUAUGAAGCAGCCACUCACCACAGACCCUGUUGAUGUUGUACCGCAGGACGGCCGCAAUGACUUCUACUGCUGGGUUUGUCACCGGGAAGGUCAAGUUCUAUGCUGUGAGCUCUGCCCAAGAGUUUAUCAUGCUAAGUGUCUGAAACUGACCGCUGAACCUGAGGGUGACUGGUUUUGUCCUGAGUGUGAGAAAAUAACCGUUGCAGAAUGCAUAGAGACACAGAGCAAAGCAAUGACCAUGCUAACUAUAGAGCAACUCUCAUACCUGCUGAAAUUUGCACUACAGAAGAUGAAACAGCCAGGGACAGAACCAUUCCAAAAGCCAGUGUCAUUGGAACAACAUCCUGAUUAUUCAGAAUAUAUAUUUAAUCCUAUGGAUCUCAGUACAUUAGAAAAGAAUGUUAAAAAGAAAAUGUAUGGUUGCACGGAAGCCUUUCUCGCAGACGCCAAAUGGAUUUUACAUAACUGCAUUAUUUACAAUGGUGGAAAUCAUAAAUUAACACAAACCGCAAAAGUAAUAAUCAAGAUAUGUGAACAUGAGAUGAAUGAAAUUGAAGUCUGCCCUGAAUGUUAUUUAGCUGCUUGCCAAAAAAGAGAUAAUUGGUUUUGUGAACCAUGUAGCAAUCCACACCCUUUGGUCUGGGCAAAAUUAAAAGGAUUUCCUUUCUGGCCCGCAAAAGCCCUCCGAGACAAAGAUGGUCAGGUGGAUGCACGUUUCUUUGGCCAGCAUGACAGGGCCUGGGUUCCAAUGAACAAUUGCUACCUCAUGUCUAAAGAAAUCCCUUUUUCUGUAAAAAAAACAAAAAGCAUCUUUAAUAGCGCCAUGCAGGAAAUGGAGGUAUAUGUGGAAAACAUCCGCAAGAGGUUUGGCGUAUUUAACUAUGCUCCAUUUAGGACACCUUACACACCGAACAACCAAUACCAAAUGUUGCUGGACACCGGCAAUCCAAGUGCUGGCACUGCAAAAACUGACAAGCAGGAAAAAGUGAAAUUGAACUUCGACAUGACAGCGUCACCGAAGAUCUUAAUGAGCAAGCCCAUGUUAAAUAGUGGCGGAGGUCGGCGGAUUUCAUUAACUGACAUGCCCCGCUCUCCGAUGAGUACCAACUCAUCCGUGCACACUGGCUCGGAUGUGGAGCAAGAUGCUGAUAAGAAACCAGUGUCCAGUCAUUUCAGUGCAAGUGAGGAGUCCAUGGACUUUAUUGAUAAGAGCACAGCCUCUCCUGUAGCUACAAAAACAGGACAUGGUGGAAGCAUAUCGGACAGUCCCAAACCCUUCUCUCCUCAGUCUUCCACGCCAGUAACAUCCAAACCAGAACGAAACAGCAGCACAGGCAGCAUACUCAACCUCAACCUUGAUCGUAGUAAAGCGGAAAUGGAUUUGAAGGAGCUCAGUGAAUCUGUUCUUCAGCAGUCUACACCCACCCCGCUCAUAUCUCCCAAGAGACAGAUCCGGAGUCGGUUUCAGCUCAAUCUUGACAAGACUAUAGAGAGCUGCAAAGCCCAAUUAGGAAUUAAUGAAAUUCCGGAUGAUGCAUACGCCGCAGUGGAACACAGCGAUUCCGAGGAAUCGGAGAAGACAGAUUCUAGCGAUAGCGAGUAUGUGAGUGAUGAGGAGCAGAAACCAAAGAAUGAACGUGAUGAAGACGUCAAGGAAAGUGUGAAGGUUGAAAAAGAAGUUUCUGCUUCAUCAUCGUUAAAGAAGAAAGUCAAGCCCUCAAUCCUGGCAGAAGUGAAAGAUGAAGCUAAAAGCACAUCCUCAGCAACAGAGAAAGCAGAAACACCGGUUAAGGAGAAGGCUGCUUCAGCUGUAGCAAAAGAUGUUCCAGACAAAAGCAAGCCAGUGCCACACACUGCUAAAGAAAAACAGCCAGGGAAGGACGAGACUGACUCCCCCACGGUACACCUUGGACUGGAUUCUGAUUCAGAGAGUGAGCUAGUGAUAGAUUUGGGAGAGGAUCACUCAGGACGAGAAGGACGGAAAGCCAAAAAAGAGGCUAAAGAAACCCCAGCAAAGCACCCAGAAACGAAGGUAUCGGCUGCAGCUAAUGCCAGCAGCCAGCCACCGGCUGAAGCCCCUAUCAUGACCCGAUCUGCAGCCCAGGCGGUCCCUGCAGUGGGGGUAACGGUGACCUCCAGUGCAGUAGCAGCGGUGACUUCUCCAGCUGCUGCUACCGGGAGCCCAGUGAAGAAACAAAGACCCCUUCUGCCAAAGGAGACUGUCCCCACUGUGCAGAGAGUGGUGUGGAAUUCUUCCAGUAAGUUUCAGACCUCAUCCCAGAAAUGGCAUAUGCAGAAAGUUCAGAGACAGCAACAGCAGCAGCAGCAGCAGCCUCCACCACCACCCCCAACCACACCUGCACCACCACAGUCUCCACAAGGGACGAGAUACCAGACACGGCAGGCUGUUAAAGCAGUGCAACAAAAAGAAGUAACACAAACCACUACUACAUCCACCAUAACCCUGGUGACCAGUGCCCCACCGCUAGCUGUGGUGACCACUCCCGGACAGUCUCUGACCACGUCAAUCACUAGCGACCUUCCUAUAGCUACUGCCUCUGCUGAUGUUGCUGCUGAUAUCGCUAAAUACACCAGCAAGAUGAUGGAUGCAAUCAAAGGUACUAUGACGGAAAUCUACAAUGACCUGUCUAAGAAUACAACCGGGAGCACCAUAGCCGAGGUAUACAGUAUCCGACGCUUACGGAUUGAGAUUGAAAAGCUACAAUGGUUGCAUCAGCAGGAGCUGUCUGAAAUGAAACAUAACUUGGAGCUCACCAUGGCUGAGAUGCGGCAAAGUCUGGAACAGGAGAGGGACCGGCUGAUUGCAGAAGUGAAGAAACAAACUGAGCUUGAGAAGCAGCAGGCGGUGGAUGAGACAAAGAAGAAACAGUGGUGCGCCAACUGCAAGAAGGAAGCCAUUUUCUACUGCUGCUGGAACACCAGCUACUGUGACUACCCCUGCCAGCAAGCACACUGGCCCGAGCACAUGAAGUCCUGCACACAAUCGGCCACUGCAACACAGCAAGAAGCUGACCCAGAGCUUGGCACAGAUAAAACUACACAGCCCACAGCCGGCAUUCAGCCACAGCCCAUCGAAACUGCCACCACACCAAAAGAAAAGGAGAGUGCGUCGGAAAAGAGUAAAGAGAGUGUCACUAUAGCAACAGGUGUGACAAGCAGCCAGCCUAUUAAACUGGUCCACGUGCCGCAGACCACUGCCUUUAUCCCAACUAUUCAACCCACAAUUACCAUCCCUGUGGUAGUAAGUCCAAAUGCCGGAACUGUGGCAGUGAGAGCAGGCGCUCAGUAUGUGCAAACCACCAUGCCUGUCCAAGUAAGGAGAGCGUGACCUUUGUCAGGUCUGAAAUGCCAAUCCAGAGCCUGCGCCAUGGUCUUGCAUUAACGAACCAAGCAAAAAAAACACUACAAUGUGACAGAGUAUUAACCAGGACCUUGUUCACAUCUACCAAAACGGCUCAUUCUGUUUGUAUAUAAUGUACAAUUUGUGGAUGUGAUUAAAAUUAGAAAACCAUCUUUUUAUAUUUGUAUUCACUUUAACUUAUGAACAUUUACUUGGAAUGAUUAUCACAACGUUAAAACACCAUUGCCGAUUAUGCCAGAAACUGAUGAAAACCUGGGCUUAUUUAAAUACGCUAGGGGUGGACCUUUGCUAUUGCCCCGCCCCCAAACUCAUAUGCAAUAUGGAGGCAACUUGCGGACCUUCCAAAUUGAGAUCUGAUAGAACAUGUACAUAUGCAGAGAUUUUCUACGCCUAUUAAUCUGUGUACGAAAGACAUCUUAGAUAGAAUUAUUGUACAAAUUCCUUCUUAGUGUGCAUUUAACAACAAAUACUUUACAAAAUAAUCUGAUCAUCGGAAGAUAUCGUAACAUUUUGCCUUUCUAUUUUGGGUUAAAAGCAAGCAAAAUAACACGAGUAUAAACAACCAGAUUCCAGAAUCAGGAAAAGAAGUUGAAUGCUAGACAGCAUGUGUGAGAAUGGCUGAAAGCAGAGUUUCCGUCAGCGCAUGGAGAAAUAUUGUUUAGCAAAGUGAAAACAAAAGAGCAUCAUUUCUGGAAAACACCUCUAGUCUGUUACAUUUACGCUGUAGUUUCAUUUCGUAUGUUGUGUAAAAUACAAACAUUGAACAAACCCGGACACGAUGUAUGUAUAUGAGAAAACUCACUGUAUGAUAUCAUUCCAGUACAAUCUGUUGUAAAUUUUUCGUCUUGUUCAUUUUCACAUUGUUCAUAAAGGAUGUACAUGAACCAGCUCUAUAUGAUGGAGACAUGACACCGCCUAAUAAUCCUAAAUGAAAGGAAAGAUUUCUGGCUAAACGGAUUUGGACGGUUAGUCUGGCUGGGUUCCUUGUCAAAACAUAAUUGCUUUUAGCAUAUGGAAGUAUUUUUUCACAUUUUCUUUGUAUAAAAUUUGUAUUAAAUCCAGAAAUUUCCUUUU